AGGAUACAGACUCAUUCUUGUCAACAACGGGGAGGUUCCUGGUACUGAUACAAAUCUGAAGUUUUUAAUAUUCAAAUGCUGACAUCAGUAAGGCGUGUAUGAGUAUGUGAACAGGACUGUACUGUUAUGAGCAGUUUCCAUCAGCUCAGAGGGGAGAGAUCUCAGAGCAGGUGAAACUCAAGAGAGCAGGAAGGACAGAUCAAAGAUGCCGUGGAGUCUGUUUCUGUUCAUUCUGUUGGGUCAGUGUUCCUUCCUCACAUGUCAACUCUAUGAAUACCAAUUCAUUGCUCAUAAAAAGAUCUGGAAGGACGCCCAGACGUACUGUAGAGAGAAUCAUACAGACUUGGCUACAGUGUUUGACAUGAAAGAUGUGAAGAGACUCCAAGAUGAAGGUAAAGGUAAAGGUAAAGGUAAAGAAGCCUGGAUUGGGUUGUUCAGCCAAACAAGCCCAAAUGAAUGGAAAUGGUCUCUGCCAGGGGUGGAGUUCAAUGAGACAGAAUGGGAUUCUACAGAACCAAAUGAUAAAAUAAAACCAGAGAACUGUGUGAGGAUGAUCGCUCACAAAUGGCAGGAUAUCCCCUGUUGUUUUGAGCACAAAUUUAUCUGCUAUAAUGAAACCAAUACAACACACAAAUUCCAUCUGAUCGAACAGGAGAAGAAAUGGCGAGAGGCUCAGUGUUACUGCAGAAAGUAUCACACAGACCUGGUCAGUGGAAUAAAACAGUUGAAUGACAGGGAGCUAACAAGUAACAACAAUUUGUCAAAUAAAUCCGAUAAAUGGAUAAUCGGCCUGUUCAGAGACACCUGGACUUGGUCAGAUGGGAGCAGCUUCUCUUUCAGACACUGGAGUCAAAGCUUUUCUGACAGUCAGACAAACGACAAACAAUGUGCUUUGAUCAUGUUGGUUGACAAAGGCAGAUGGAAGAGUGAAAGCUGUGACUCAACAAAAUCCUUCUUCUGCUAUGAUGAUAAAACAAUCCUAAUCAAGGAAGAAAAGACGUGGGACGAGGCCUUGGAUUACUGCAGGGAGCACCACAAUGACCUGGUCUCCAUCACUAACCUUGGUGAGCAGAGAUGGGUCCAACAGAAAGCCAAGAACGCCACAACGACCCACGUCUGGCUGGGACUGCGCUACACCUGCACUCUGGAAUUCUGGUUCUGGAUGAGUGACAAGGCCGUCAACUAUGAGAACUGGGCCUCAGGUGGAAAGCAGGAUGGCUGUGACAUGUCUGGAGCCAUGGAGACGGGAGGAGAACAUAAGUGGGUCAAGCUUCCUGAUGCUGAGAAGUUCAACUUUAUUUGUUCCAAGUAAAACUUUUUUGUUUUGUGGUUUUUGUUUUUAUCUUGAAUGAGCUUACUUUACAUCUGCUCUCUGGGUUUAUUCAGUUUGAGGCAAAGCGCUACAUGCACAUUAAAGUCAGUUACAAAGUAGUGAAAGACUGAAAGAAAUGGUCUUUUUGUUGUUUGUUGUCAAAAAUAAAGAACAUCUGAAUGAGUUCUGACCUAA